GCGGCGGGGACGUCCCCUGAGGCCCGCCCUGAGCGCCGCCGCCAUUGGCUGAGGUGGAUGUCACUCGGAUGUUUGUCCUUUUCCGAUUGGCUGAGUGGGCUGAAGCCCCGCCUCUGCGCUGCAUCCAUUGGCUGGAAAAGGGAAAGCCUGGAAGGAAGAUGGCGGCGGCGAGAGAGGGCGGAGAGCGGAGAGCCUCCCCUGAGACCCGCCCUUUGCACCACAGCCAUUGGUCGGCCCGAGCGUCGCUCAGCUCCCCACCCCUUCCGAUUGGACGAGUGGGCUAAACCACCGCCUCCGCUCCAUCGCCAUUGGUCAGAAGGAGAAAGAGGGGCAGAGGCGGGAAGAUGGCGGUGGCGAGCGGCAGCCUGCGGCGCUGCUGGCGGCCGGCCGCGGCCUUUCACCGCGCUGCGCACACCGGGCGGGCGGAGCCGCUGCGGGCUGAGGAUCUAGCGGAGCGGCUGCGGGCGCGGAAGAGCGAGGAGGAGAAGCGGGAGACCCCCCCGGACCCGGCGCGGCGGCGGCUGCGGGAGCUGGCGGCGCUGGGCGAGCGGCUGCAGCGCGUUCACCCCAACGUGCUGGCCAAAGCGCUCCGGCGAGGGACCGUGUACCAGGACGAGGAGAUCGUGGUGAUCAACAAACCCUACGGGCUCCCCGUGCACGGCGGCCCCGGGGUCAAGAACAGCAUUGCAGACGUGCUGCCGAUAUUGUCCAAGAUGCUGGAGAACAUGAAAGCUCAACCCUUGCACCUUUGCCACCGGCUGGACAAGGAGACCACGGGGCUGAUGGUGCUGGCGCGGAGCGAGGAGGCGGCGGAGCAAAUCCGGCUGCUCUUCAAAACCCGCCAGGUGGAGAAGGUUUACUGGGCGAUUAGCGUGGGGGUCCCAGACCCCACCGAGGGAAUCGUGGAGAUCCCCAUCGUGGAGAAGCAGGUGCAGAGCCACCAGCCGCACUACAAGAUGACACUGGCCCCCAACUACUGCCUGGCUCCCGAGGACGGAAAAGUGCUGAAAAUCCGCAAGAAGCGGGACGCCGAGAGCGCCGUGACGCGGUUCCGCGUCCUGGGCAGCUCCUCCGCCUGCUCGCUGCUGGAGCUCCAGCCCAUCACGGGGGUGAAGCACCAAAUCCGCGUCCACUUGGCGUACGGGCUGGGCUGCCCCGUCCUGGGGGAUCACAAAUACUCGCACUGGAGCAAAUUGGCGCCCCAGAAACUUCCCGAAAUCACGCUGAGGCGGCUGAAGCUGGCGCAGAGCAAAGCCCGGCACGUCCCCCUGCACCUCCACGCCCUGCGGCUCUCGCUGCCCCUGCGCCAGCGCGUCGAGCUCUUCUGCAAACCGCCCCCCUUCUUCCAAAACACCCUGAACAAGCUGCAGCUGGACAUCGCCAACGAAUAACGAGGAUUUCGGUCUCUUGGCGGUGAGAAGAGCCGCUCACCGGGACAAACGGGGUGGGGGAUUUGUCCAAUUUGUGUUUGGAACGUGCAAUAAAAGCCCCGGAUGGCUCCGA